AUGGCGGCGGAAGAGACGACGGCGAUGGAGAUGGUGGCGCUGCGGAGCCAGGAGGGCGUGGAUUUCGUGGUUCCCGCGGAGGAGGCGAGGGUGUCCACCUUCUUACGUCGCAGGAUGGAGCUCGACCGCGACAACUACAUCGUCCCCGCCGACGGCGACGACACCAAGUACACCCACAUCUUACUCCGCUCCAUCCGAGCCGACGUCCUACCCAAGGUUAUGCACUACUGCAAGAGGCACGCCAUUGCCACCGACGACGACCGGGCCCUCAGCGACUGGGACGCGGAGUUCGUCGGCAUCGUCGACCUCGACACCCUCUACGAUCUCAUCCUGGCUUCGGAGAAGCUCGAGGUCCGAGGGCUCCUCGGUCUGGCCUGCCGGGCCCUCGCCGACAAGAUCAAGGGGAAGUCCCCACGCGAGACCUGCCAUAUCCUCGACAUCAAGGGCGUCUUCGACGACGCUAAUCAUGACCUCAAGUUGGUGGAGAAGGCGUUGGCGGCUCUUAACAUAGUCCGUUGCCAAGACUUCACCCAAUACGAACCCAAGCUCAACGCUUUCAAGUGUAGUCGAUACCACAACUUUGAGAACCUAGCUUUCUUCGACUUCGACAAAGAGUCUAGCUUCCAACGUGGCCCGCCGCUCCACAAGUUACCUUCACCCGAGUCGAUCCAGCGAUAUUGCCUCAAUGUCAUUUCUGUCAAGGCGCGUGAAUCGGAUGUUGGCUACCCGAUCAGUGUGUUUGGAACCGUUAUAGCGAGGGACUAUGUCGACUACAGAUGCGUCUAUUUGUUUAGGCGUGAAAGGGAUGAUCCCCAGCUCAUCAGCUCUCCGGAUGAUAUGUUAUCUUUGAUAGAUCCAUGUCGAGCGCUUGUUCCAAUAGACAACGUUUAUUUUGAGACUAAUUUAAAGAUCAUGUGUGAUGGAGGGGAAGAUAGAGUUUUCAGUAAAGGCAUAACGGAAUUCAAUUGGGUUUGCAUCCCUACAUACAGGCAAACCAUGACGGUCAGCGUGUACAGUUUCCUGAGUGAUGUGAAGUUUUUAUGUGCACUGGUUUACCAACCCGUGGAAGUCACCAUUGCAAUCAGUGUUUUGAAGGGCCCAUGUAAUAUUUCAAGAGUAGCCGCUUCGACUCCCGGAAACUUCAAGGAUCAUAUCGUUCUAUACGAAUCAGCGGGCAGUCCGAUGGUAGUCAGCGAUGGUGACUCCAUCCCGUUAACUCGGAGCGUGGUAGCUAUCUCGCUAGAUCAGAAGUUGGCGCUCUUCCUUGUUGGUGGUGACGCGUGUGAACACCUUGCCCUCACUCUAGGACCUUCGGAUCAAGUGCUUAUUUGCAAGAUGGGUUGUGCGGUGCUGGAGGUAAUAGUUGGUUGGACAUAUGUGCCGGAAAGAGAGAGGCCUAAUAUGUUUAAGGUUAUUGGAAAACAUACACGCCUCUUGCUGUGA